AUGAGUAACUUGAUAUCACGUCGUCUUUCACAAACACAGUCACAACGUCCAAAGCAUGCUCAUCUGAUUCGUUUACCGUCAAAAAUGGGUGAAGUAACCCAACGUGAAGGUGGUAGUUGUCCAAGUUCACCAGCAAUUAAAAAAGUGUACCGAUUGGUCGUUGUCGGAUCACCCCGCACUGGGAAAAGCGCAAUUGUGAAUCGUUUCCUGAAUAACGAUUUCGAAGAACGUUACAUUCCGACGAUUGAAAACUUUUAUCGUAAACUCUAUAAAAUUCGUGGCGAAUUAUUUCAACUAGAUAUUGUUGAUUGUUCGGGCAAUGAUCCAUUCCCUGCCGCUCGACGACUCUCAUAUGCAUCAGGUGAGCUAAUUAAAUAA